AUGAGAAUAAACACAAUAAAUCAUCACGUAGCAGAAUCUAUCUAUCUAUCUAUCUAUCUAUCUAUCUAUCUAUCUAUCUAUCUAUCUAUGUCUCGUCACAUUCUAUCUCAGUCUCUUUACAAUCUAUCUAUCUAUCUAUCUUCAUAUUAUAUCUACCUAGUGGGUAUAGAAGUCCUUAGCAACAAAACACGUAGAGAAAAGACUUUCCAAUUCGCGCGAAGAGAAAUCCUUCUUGACUUUUUUCCUUUCACUAAAAACGUGACACAAGAGUUUCUGAUAUGUUCUCUUUUCUUUCUUCCUUUUAUACACUCGCGCACACACCUAUCUAUCUAUCUAUCUAUCUAUCUAUCUAUCUACUUUUUUAUUUUAUUUUAUUUUAUUUUUGUAAAUUUGCCUUACUUUCCUUACAAUGUUUUUCUUUUAUUUCUUCUGCUUUUUUUUUUUCGUAUUUUUUUUUCAUUUCCACCCCUUUUCUUUUUUCUUUAUUUUUCUUUUUUCUCUUGUUCUUUUAUUCCAUAUCUCUUUUUCCAUUUUUGUUUUUCCUUAUUUUUUUCUCUUUUCUUCUUUCUCUUGUACUCUUCUAUACUUUUUUCUUUUUUCUUUUUCUCUUCUUUCUCCCUUUUCUUAUUCUUUUUCUUCUUUCUUUCUCUUGUUCUUUUUCAGUACAUUUUGUCUUUCUUUUGCUCUUUUUCUUUUUCGUUUUCGUUUUUUCUUCUCUCUCCGCUUCUCUUUUGUUUUCUCUGUUUUCUUUCAUUUCUUUCUUUAGAUUUUCUUCUUAUUAUUAUUUUCCACCCUUUCCUACACUUGUUUUUGAAGUUUGGUUUCUUGUUAAAUUUGAUUUCUUUCUUUCUUUCUUUCUUUCUUUCUUCUCUAACUUCACUUCUCGCGUCCUUUCUUUCCUUCCUUCUUUUCCCUCUUAUCAGUUCAUUUUUGUGUUUGUUUCUUUUCUCGUUUUCUUCUUAUUCUUUCUUUCUUUGUUUUUAUUAUGAGUUCUUUCUUUCUUUCUUUCUUUCUUUCUUUCUUUCUUUCUUUCUUUCUUUCUUUCUUUCUUUCCAAGCUUUCCCUCUUUUUCUUUCUACGUUUGUUUCUUUCUUAUUGGUUCUUCGUCCCUUCUUUCUUUAUUUGUUAUCUAUCUAUCUAUCUAUCUAUCUAUCUAUCUAUCUAUCUGCGAAAGGCACAGCUAUGGUAUCUAUCUAUCUAUCUAUCUAUCUAUCUGCGAAAGGCACAGCUAUGGUAUCUAUCUAUCUAUCUAUCUAUCUAUCUAUCUAUCUAUCUAUCUAUCUAUCUAUCAGAGAAAGGCACAGCUAUGUCCAUGCACAACUGAGCUAUAAGAUGAUCUCUUGCGAUUGUCGGGUGUGUGGGGGUAUCUAUCUAUCUAUCUAUCUAUCUAUCUAUCUAUCUAUCUAUCUAUCUAUCUAUCUAUGUCCAGAUUGGUCUGUCCCUCUCUUCAUGAUUAACUAUUCUUCUCUACACCUACGUUCUCUCCUUCUCAGUCUGUUCUCAUUUCUAUUCCAAACUAAAAACCUUUUGUCGUAG